GAUAGACCUGGCAGCGGUCCUGGCUAUGGCCCUGGGAACGGCCCUGGCGAUGGACCUGGCAGCGGCCUUGGCUACCCUGGUGAUGGACCUGGCGAUAGACCUGGCAGCGGUCCUGGCUAUGGCCCUGGGAACGGCCCUGGCGAUGGACCUGGCAGCGGCCUUGGCAACGGCCCUGGCUAUGGCCCUGGCGAUGGACCUGGCAAUGGACCUGGCUAUGGCCCUGGGCACGGUGCUGGCGACGGACCUGGCAGCGGACUUGGCAAUGGCCCUGGCUACGGCCCUGGCGAUGGACCUGGCAAUGGACCUGGCUAUGGCCCUGGGCACGGUGCUGGCGACGGACCUGGCAGCGGACCUGGCAACGGCCCUGGCUACGGCCCUGGCGAUGGACCUGGCAAUGGACCUGGCUAUGGCCCUGGGAACGGCCCAGGCGACGGACCUGGCAGCGGACCUGGCAACGGCCCUGGCUACGGCCCUGGCGACGGACCUGGCAGCGGACCUGGCAACGGCCCUGGCUACGGCCCUGGCGACGGACCUGGCAGCGGACCUGGCAACGGCCCUGGCUACGGCCCUGGCAACGCCAGGAAUGGGCCUGGCAGCGGACCUGGCAAGGGACCAGGCAGGGGAUCAGGCAGCAAAGCUGGAGGCAGGCAUGGCAGCAAAGCUGGCGACAGCAGUGGCAACCGGGUUGCUCCGGGGGACGAAGCAGAUGAGGAUGAUUCAGCAGGACCCAUUCCACCUGCCAAGUCGUUUUCGAGCCCGAAGCGGACUGGGAAGCGAGCGCAGCAAUCCGCGCAGCUCACGUCGGCCAAGCGGAUCUCCCCAAGCCCCGGCCCGACGCGGAGCCCGCGGGGACUUUCGCGGACGCGGAGCCCGCGGAGCCCGCGGAGCCCGCGGAGUCGCGAGCGGCCGGUGCGGGCCAAAAGUCUCAGCCCCAAGGCGACUCCCAGGUCCGCCGACACGGACGAGACGCAGGACGUGGAAAAGGCGACGAUCUCCGGCGUGAAGGCGGCGCCGGAGGCGGAAGAAGCGGCGAAAGCAGGUGAAGAAGGCAAAGGCAAGGGCAAAGGCAAGGUGGCUCCGCCGCCACCUCCGGCGCCAAAAGAGGCAGAAGAAGGAGCCAAAGCCAAAGGCAAGGGCAAGAAGCCCCCGCCGGCCUUGCCAGCCGCAAAGCAGAAAGGCGAGGGGAAAAAGGGCAAGCCUGGCAAAGGCAAGGGCUCCGAGGAGGAGGAAGCCAGGAUGUUGAUGCGAAAGCCAGAGGUGAUCCCCGGGGUCCAGGUGAAGCGACUCUUUUGGAACCCCAUCCACCUAAGGGCCAACCACUCCAGCUACACCGUGUGGGAUGCCAUUGACGGCGAGGGCUACCCCAUCGACUUGGAGGAGCUGGAGUGGCUUUUUGCGGAGUCGAAGAGCCCAAGGGGGCAGAAGACUGAGCCGGAGAAAGGCGAGGUGGGGAAGCGUGUGAUCCGGGUGCUUGAUGAGCAGCGGAGGAGGCAGAUCUGCAUCAUGCUGGCGCGACUGCCCGGCACGAUGGGGGACGUGCUGCGCUGGGUCAACGAGAUGGAUGCCAGCAAGCUGGGCAAGGACGAGGUGGACCUGCUGCUGCAGAACAACCCCUCGGUGGAAGAGAUGCAGCUCCUUCGCCGCGCCCAGGAGGAGCACGUCAUGGACGAGAACACCGUUUGGGACACGGCAGAGGACUUCAUGCUGUCCUUGAUCGCCAUCCCGCGGUUCCAGCUGCGGCUGAAGAUCUGGGACUUUGUGAACUCCUUCCAGGAGAAGUUCGAGCACCUGGCUGGGGAUGUGAAAGGCAUCUCCUGGGGCUGCCACUGCCUGCUCACCUCCAUGCGCAUGAGGCACUUGCUGGGCUUGGCCUUGCAUGCCGGCAACUUCCUGAACGGCGGAACCACGCGCGGCCGGGCGGACGGCUUCGCCAUGGAGACGCUGCUGCAGCUGCGCACCGUGAAGGCCACGCAGGCGUCGGACCAGACCUUGGUGCACUUCAUCGCCAAGCAGAUGGAGAAGAGGUACCCCGGCGAGCUGGCAGGCAUUUUCGGUGACGGCGAGGAGGCACAUUGGAUCCGCCACGCCGCGCGGCGCCGCAUCGAGGAUGCAGCGCAGGAGUGCACCAGCCUACUGGGCCAAGCGCUGCACAUGGUGAAGACCAUCCGAUUCGUGCUGGAUGACGAUGCAGACUUCGAGUCCGACUCCUGCAGCAAGGCCAAGCUGUGGCACGCCACGGAGCGGCUGGCCAUGUGCAUCGCGGAGCUCGAGGCCUUGCAGUCGCGACAAGGGCAGCUGAGUGGGCAGUACGAGAGCCUCUGCUUGUGGCUCCACAUCGACGUUGACAAGCCGAAGCCCAGCGAUGAGCUCUUUGGCAUUUGGCACACCUUCCUGCAGGAUGUGCAGGCGGCCAGGCGCGCCAUCCGGGAGAAGGAGCAAGCUGCGCGGAAAAAGCGGCCGGUGUCACGUCCGAGAAGGGUGCGCUCCACGACGGUGCCGGCUAUGUCUGCAUACGCUGAGGCAGACGUGGAGCCGGAGGAGAAGGAGAAGCAGAGCCACGGCACCAGAUCUGUACCCUUGCUGCGCUUGGCGCGGAUCGGGGGCACGGACCCGGCAGAUGCGGUGGAGAACGAGGAGGCGUCGGCCGCAAGCUCCACGGAACCUGCGCAGGCGCAGGACUCGGACUCCACCAGCUCCGAGCUCCAGCUGACGCCCCGAGGCCCUGAGGUGGAAAAAGCAGCGGACAUGCUCGAGAAGGCCUUUGAGAAGGUGACGCCCAACGCAGAGGUAACAAAGAGCAUGGACGAGGUGCUGGAGGAGUACAAAAGGCGAGGCUCGGCGUACCGGUGCAUGACGGGAGAGAGGUCCAGGAUCGACGGAGUGGUGGAGUUAACGUUCGCCAUCCCCGCGCGGGAAGCCGCUGCCGAAGGCAGCGCUGCCGAAGGCAGCGACGGCGAGAGCGAGGUCACGCAAAGGCGUGAGUCCUUGUGGUCCGGAGCGGAGGUGUGGUGAG